AUGACGUUAGCAAAGAGGCAAAGGACUGGACAGUCCUCAGAACAUCGAGUUAAACGGGAGAUCAACCCAGAAGCGAACAAUCAAGCCUCUAUAUCGAAUAAUUCAGAGUCAUUUGGAAAAAAUGAAGAUGCUUUAUCCAAUUAUAGAGUCAAAAGGUCUGAUUCCUUCAAAGAAGAAGCACGAGGAGGAUCAUCGUCGUCUGAAUCUGACCGUUUUAUUGUAUUAUCGUCAGCUAAGGAAUUGGUACCUUAUACUUCGACUCAUUGUACUAUAGAAGGGGUACAAUUCGAUGUCAUGGGUAGUUCUGACAUUGAGCGUGCAGCUAUCCUAGAAUUGCAACAUCGCGAACUCUACCUCAUCCAAAAUAAUGAACCACAACCACUGGGAGCACUUGAUAAACGAUUAGGAUGCAGUAGAAAUGAGAUGACUUGUAGUACUUGUGGAAAGGAUAACAAUCACUGCGUUGGCCAUUGGGGAUAUGUUAAACUUGAGCUUCCCGUAUUUCACGUUGGAUUCUUCAAGUAUUUGAACCAGAUCCUUUAUUGUAUAUGUAAAAGAUGUUCAAAUUUGCUUUUGCCUGAAGAUUCUAUCAAAAAAUACCAGGAAAUUAGAAACAAGGGUAUAGAUGAUCCUCUGUUCAAAGUUUCGCUAUUCCGGAAGAUAUUGCAAGAAUGUAAAAAUAAAAAGACUUGUGACAGAUGUGGAGCACCUCAAGGAACAGUUAAACGUAUAGUAAAACCUACACUUGACCAGUUUAUGAGAAUGAAACAUGUUGUUAGACAUAAGGAAUCUGGUAAGGUACAAGCCAGAGAUGAAGAACUUAAUCCCAUUGUUGUAAAGCAUUUGUUUGAAGCAAUGGAUCCGGCACAUGUGAAAUUGCUAAAUAUAGCGAGUCCAGAAAAAAUGAUUAUAACAAAUUUGGCGAUUUCUCCAAACUGCAUAAGACCAUCUGUUCCAAUGGAAGGACAAGGAAGCACCGAAGAUGAUCUGACCAUUAUUACCUCGGAUAUCAUUGAGGUGAAUAAAACCUUGAAAAAACAACUUCAAGAUGGCCAACAAUCUAGUAGAUUUAUAUUGAAUUGGCAGUUUAUGCAACUUCACUGUACCAGACUAAUAAAUACAGAUGCUCCUGCUGUUUCACAGCUUUUGUCUACUAAAAACAUCACAAAACCUGGAAGAGGACUCUGUCAACGUCUUAAAGGAAAGGAGGGGCGUUUUAGGGGUAAUCUUUCGGGGAAAAGAGCGGAUUUUUCAUCUCGAACUGUCAUUUCUCCGGAUCCAAAUGUUGGCAUAGAUGAGAUUGUGGUUCCGGAACAAAUCGCAACAAAGUUAACAUUUCCAGAAGUUGUUAAUGCCGGAAAUAUUGAAGUUUUGCGCAAAGCUGUAAUUAAUGGCUGGUCAGUAUGGCCAGGUGCCUCAUAUGUGAUUAAAGCCAAUGGGUCAAAAACCACCUUGAGAAUCGCAAAUCCAAAUCAUAUUGCCGAUAAUUUGGAAAUCGGAGAUAUUGUUGAACGUCAUUUGUGGGAUGGUGAUAUUGUUAUAUUCAAUAGGCAACCUUCUCUACACAGAAUGAGUAUCAUGGCCCACAGAGUACGUGUUAUGCCUGGUUCUACAUUCAGAUUUAAUGAAUGCGUUUGCCAACCUUACAAUGCGGACUUUGAUGGAGAUGAAAUGAAUAUGCACUUGCCACAAACAUAUGAAGCAAGGGCAGAAUCAUUAUAUCUUUUGAGCGUAUUACAAAACUUGACCACUCCAAGAAAUGGAGAUCCACUUAUUGCAGCCGUUCAAGACUUUUUGUCUGCCAGCUACUUAUUGACUUCAAAGGAUAGAUUUUUAACUAGGAAGCAAUUUUGUCAAAUAUGCUGUUACUUUACCAAUGCAUCGAUUCAAGUUGACAUACCUCCCCCAGCUAUUAUAUAUCCCACCAUGCUUUGGACUGGAAAACAAAUUUUCAAUGUUUUGCUUAGACCAUCUCGCAAAAGCAAUGUUAUCGUCAAUUUUGAGUGUCGUGAACGUGAGUUCCAUAAUAUAAAGGACUAUGAACAUAAUUAUGGAAUGACCAAUCUCCACCAAUGUAUGUGUCCAAAAGAUGGCUAUGUGAUUUUUUACAAUUCUGAAUUGAUGUGCGGAGCUUUGGGAGUUAAAUCCUUGGGUGCAUCAAAAGGGGGUUUAUUUUACCAGUUGUUGAAAAAGAAUAGUUCAAAGAUUGCUGCAGAAUGUAUGUUAAGGGUUUCAAAGUUAGCAAGCCGCUGGUUAGCCGAGUUCGGAAUGACCAUAGGGUUGGAUGACGUAAGACCAGGAGCAGAACUUUUGAAUAGGAAAUCUGAACUUUUGAUGGAUGGAUAUUCGAGGGUCUCUGAAGCUAUCAAAAAUUUCAAAGAUUUACAAGCUUAUCCAGGCUGUACUCGUGAAGAAACUCUGGAACUACAAGUGAAAUCAGUUUUGGAUGACCUCAGAAAUGAAGCUGGUAAGGUCUGUAAUGCCCACUUGAAAAAUGAUAACAAGCCUCUAAUCAUGUUUAAUUCUGGAGCCAAGGGAGCACUAAUUAAUAUAGCCCAAAUGGUAGCAUGUGUAGGUCAACAAAAUGUUUCUGGGCAAAGAAUCCAGAACGGAUUUAUAGGAAGGACUCUUCCUCAUUUUAAUAUAGGAUGUAGAGAUGCAAAAAGUCGUGGCUUUGUUGCUAAUUCAUUCUUUUCUGGUCUGGAACCUGAAGAAUUCUUCUUUCAUACCAUGUCCGGAAGAGAAGGCCUCAUCGAUACUGCUGUAAAAACGAGUGAAACAGGCUAUAUGCAAAGGAAACUCAUGAAGGUGAUGGAGGAUUUGGCAAUAUGCUACGAUCAUACUGUUAGAGCCAGCGAUGGUCAUGUUGUGCAAUUCUUGUAUGGAGAUGACGGUUUAUCGGCAUCCCUUAAUAUGUCGGAUAAAAAUCUUUUAGAAAAUGUGCUUCAGCAUAUUAGGUGUAUAACUCGCAUACCAAAGUUGGUUGCGAAUGAUUCUGGAAGCUUUCAGAUUCUUCCUCCACAGGACCUCUCUGCAAUCUUAAAGAGAGUUGACUUAGCGGUCUAUGAUCAAUCACUUGUUAGUAGAAUGCCAUCUCAGUUGAAGAAUAAGGUAAAAACUUUCAAGGAAUGGGUUAAACCUAAACAAAAAAUGAUGCCUGUAGAUGAGGACUUGUGUCAACAGCUCAGGAAUAAUAUAGCAGCAUUUAUCGCAGUUUACGAAGAUGUUUCAUAUGUUCGUAGGAAUUUACCACUAUUCCCAUUUGAAAUAGUACAGUGGUCAAAUUUCUUGCAACCACUAUUGCUGGAGCUCCUCCCGAGAUCUAUUCAUUAUCAUAUUAAUGUAUCAUAUUCUGAAAAGGCAACUCAUCAAAAAGGAACUGAGUCUAAAUUCUCCUAUAGUGAAAUUAUAGAUGCAACCUUGAACAAAUGGGCUGUGUCUGUUGAUGCUCACUUGGACUGUGUUCCUUUCCAAGAUUUGUGCACUGAAUUCGAAGGUUCUGGUUGUACUGGUUCUCAAUUUAGAGCUAAGAGGAUAAGCAAGCACUUGUGGAUAUCAUUGGAACAAAUUUUCCAAUUUAUAAGAUAUUGUUGGAAGGAUUACCAAAAGGGUGUUUGUGAACCUGGAGAGGCAAUAGGGGCGCUUGGAGCCCAGUCUAUCGGAGAACCAGCCACUCAAAUGACUCUAAAAACUUUCCAUUUUGCUGGAGUAGCUUCCAUGAAUGUCACACUCGGUGUUCCAAGAAUUCAGGAAAUUAUUAAUGCAUCUGCCUCAAUAAUAACUCCCAUCAUUGAAGUUCCUCUGGUAAACAAACACGAUUACGAUUACGCGCUUUCUGUCAAGGCAAGAAUUGAAAAAACAACACUUGGUCAGAUAUGUAGUGACAUACGUGAAUUGUUUACGCCUAAUGGAAUAAGACUUAUCAUUAAAUUAAAUGCUAACGUGAUACAGGAUCUCUUCUUACAAGUGGAUGCAUACAGAGUCCGUGAUAAAAUACUAGAGCAAGGGUCUAUAAAGAAGAUUAAGAUAAAUAAACAAGAUGUGCACACGUUGGAUAAAUGGCAAUUAUACUUGGAUCUUCCUGCCACUGAGACACAACUCUUCCAACAGCAUGCGUUAAUAAAUGGACUUUUGGAUCUUGUAGUUGCUGGUGGUAAGAGAAUCAAGAGAGCUAUAAUAAAGAGAGAAAACACUGCCAGUGGAUGUCAAUACCAAAUUGCUGUAGAAGGUUAUGGUUUACAGGAAGUGAUGGGCGCAUACGGUGUCCAAUCCAAUGCUGUAAAAACCAACCACAUUUACGAAGUUGCUCAAGUCCUUGGAAUAGAAGCAGCAAGAAGUACAAUAAUAAGCGAAAUCCAAAAAUGCAUGGACGCAUACUCCAUCGACAUUGACGGAAGAUAUAUGAAGCUAUUGGGAGACAUAAUGACAUCGAGAGGGGAAGUUAUAGGAAUAAACAGACAUGGUAUAAAAAAGAGAAGAACAUCUGCACUUAUGUUGGCGUCGUUUGAGGAGACUAAUGAACACCUAUUUGAAGCGGCCGUUCAUAGUAGAAAGGAUCCAGUAAAGGGUGUUAGUGAGUGUAUUAUAGUUGGAAAGCAAAUGCCACUAGGAACAGGAUCGUUUGAUUUGUUAUUGAAAUCAAAUUAG